AUGGCACCCACAGAAGAGUCUAUCCUGAGCAAUUUCCUGCUCUCGCCAGCCCCGCUACCGACAGUCAUGUCGCUGCAAAAGUUCACAGAGCUUUUUCCAAAGCGAUUGAGAGGCCAUCCGCACAUCAGGGCCAUCUACCGGGAGCUACAGCAAGUCCGAGAACAGGACAUGGAUCGAGUCAAUGAGAGCAUCGAUAAUGAGAUUAAGCAAGGCAAAAAGCAGAGAGCAGAGCUCCGGAAAGCCAUUCUUGCUAGUGGAGUUGAAACAUCAAACUUUGAAGAGCAGCGCGAAGUGGACAUGGAUCUUCAUAUGUUUGGCCAGCCACCUAGUUCUGUGCCGGGAGAUUACCACUCGGUGACGAGUCUGCUGGCUGCAAUGGAGACGGCCAGCGUUAAUCUUGAGAAUGAGAUUUCUGAGAUUGAUCAAGAGGCUGCGGGCAUCUUAGCUCAGCUCGAUAGGACUGUUGGUGACAUGAGUGAUCUCCGCUACGGCAAGUUACAGGGUCCAGCUGGGACCGCUGAAGAUAUGGCUAGCGAGGCGAUCAAGGGCUUGCAGAAUCUUGAAGAUGCUUGUUAUAAGAGUAGCACUUCUUGA